CUUUUAAAAAAUCAUACUGAAAUUAUUUUAAAUAAGGCUAUGUUUGAUUUACUUCAAAAUGAUGAGUUUUAUUCGAAGUAUCGUCAAAUAGCAUCUAUUCUUAAACCAAUAAAAGAAUUAACUAAUAUUCUUGAAGCCCACAAUGCAAAUUUAGCAGAAUAUUUUAUUGGUUUAACAAGACUUGCAACUAGUAUUAAUAGAUUAGAGUCAGGAAAUCAGUGGAAAACACCAAUGAUCAACAAUUUUAAUCACCGUUCUGAAGAAUUUAUUAAUGAUUUCUAUAUCUGUUAUAUU